AUGAGCAUUGUAUCGUUGGCGUCAAAUGUUUUCGUCGCCCAUGAACUGUACAUCACUUUGGACCACGUGUUGUUCGGCAUCGCUGACGCCGGCUCUAUGGUCGACCUGGAAAGCGUCGCUACCGACCCAACGGGGUCAGCGGCGUCUCCGGUUACACUCAGCGAUGGCCUUGGUUUGGAUGGCACGGCCAAGACCGUCAAAGUGGCUGAAGAAGAUUAUGAUCUUUGUCUUGGACCCGUCGGCGAUUUUGUGCACGUGUGUGACCCUGCUGAGUGA